GAAAGUUAAGCAGUCUGCUCGGCCAAGCAGAGGGACCGCAUAGCCGAGCGUAGCUGGCCCGUCAAAGCAAGACGGAGAGCGGAGCUCCGGCGUUUUUGAGACGGGGGUGGGGGCGCACCGAUCUUGAUAGGCGGAGGAGGAAAGCCGUGGCCCGAAAACGGGUCAGGUUUCAGGGGGAGUGACGCUCCGUGGAACCUAGGGGAGGGGGCUGGAGCCGGAGCUGGUGGGGACGUAAGGGAGGUGGGAGGGGGGGCAGAAGAAGCCCUUUGUAAACCUGACAAAGCGUUUGAGAUUAGAACAAGUAUUCUCGGAGGAGCAGGAGACGUGCAACCCCCAGGAUCUCCGAAAUUAAUGGAUCCUGUCUUCGCUGGAGGACGUGGAAAAAAGAGAGUCUUCUUCGCUUUACACGCCCAGACUCGCAACAAAUGGUGCAUUUUCACGAAGUUUACAUUACUGCGAAAAAAUGAACGUCUAAUCCUAUUCUGUUCAUAAGAAGCAAUAAACAGUUGGAGAAACUUUGGUGGACUUGUUUUUGGGAUCCGCUACCAUUUUUUGGAUGUACAAUCUCCUGGAUUUUUCAAGAAUAAUAGUUGCUGGGUGUAAUUUGGAUUUUUGGGGGCUUUUCUCCUCAUUUGAAAAGGGAAUCUUGACGGAUUUCGGAUUAGUUCAGAAAUCACUGCUUGGCAUUUGCGCUGCUGCGGAGAGAAAUCUCACCGUCAGGAGUGCACUCUCUCCGGCCCAUGCAGCCGCCUGCGGCUCCGUGCAUGCUGAUCAAACUCGGUACAUUAGUGCAUCAAGGUCAGGUGACUGGGGGGCAUUCCCGUGAGUGACAGGCCCGACAGCCAGCAGUUCAUGGUUGGGUGGAACUCCUCAGAUGGGAUCUCUGUCCAGGGGGAGGCCAAGGAGGGGGGGAUGGGCACGCCCGGCCCCCGGUGACGGGAUGUCUGCGUGGCUCUGGCUGCUGGGCGUGGCCUUGCUAUCGCUGGUGACGGCUUCGGGGGCACGGCCGCCCAUCAGCACCACCGAGAAAGACAACACCACACCGGAGCCUGAGGAGCCUCCAACAAAGUACCAAAUCUCUAAGCCCAAGGUGUGCUCGGUGCACCCUGGCGAACCGCUGAUGCUGAGGUGCCCGCUGCCUGGGGCGGGCACCGUCACCUGGAUGAAGGACGGCUUCUUGCUGGGGCCCAACAACCGCACGCUUAUAGAGCACGAGCUGCUGCAGAUCCGCGAUGCCACCGCCAAGGACUCGGGUCUGUACACGUGCAGCACUGCCGGCCCCCCGGGCAGCAACACGCUCUGCUUCAUCGUCAAUGUCACAGAUGCCAUCUCGUCUGGCGACGACGAGGACGACACGGAGCGUUCCGAGGACAUCCCCGGAGACGGGGAACAGAUACGGGCGCCCUACUGGACCCUGCCAGAUAGGAUGGAGAAGAAGCUGCACGCCGUGCCGGCGGCCAACACGGUGAAGUUCCGCUGCGCGGCGGGAGGGAACCCCAAACCCACCAUGCACUGGCAAAAGAAUGGCAAACCUUUCCGACCAGAGGACCGCAUGGGAGGGUACAAGGUGAGAUACCAGCACUGGACCCUGAUCAUGGAGAGUGUGGUUCCUUCGGACAAAGGCAACUACACCUGUCUGGUGGAGAACAAGUACGGAUCCAUCAACCACACCUACACACUGGACGUAGUGGUCCCCGAGGAGCAGGUCAAGGGACUGACGUCACCUGACUAUGUUGAGAUCGCCAUCUACUGCGUGGGCGUCUUCCUCAUCGCCUGCAUGGUGGUGGUGGUGGUCGUGUGUCGCAUGCGCACCACCGCCAAGAAGCCCGACUUCAGUGGCCAGCCCACCGUGCACAAGCUCAGCAAGCAGAUUCCCCUGCGUCGCCAGGUAACAGUGUCAGCAGACUCGGGCUCCUCCAUGAACUCCAGUACCCCCCUGGUACGCAUCACCACCCACCGAUCCUCAGCCCAUGACGACCCAAUCCCGGAAUACGAUCUUCCGGAGGAUCCGCGCUGGGAGUUCUCCCGGGAUAAGCUGACGCUUGGCAAGCCUCUGGGAGAGGGAUGUUUUGGGCAGGUGGUGAUGGCCGAAGCUAUGGGGAUCGACAAGGACAAGACCAAGGAUGCUGUGACAGUGGCAGUCAAGAUGCUGAAAGACGACGCCACGGAGAAGGACCUCUCUGACCUGGUGUCUGAGAUGGAGAUGAUGAAGAUGAUUGGGAAGCACAAAAACAUCAUCAACCUGCUGGGGGCUUGUACGCAGGAUGGCCCUCUCUACGUCAUUGUGGAGUACGCGUCCAAGGGGAACCUUCGGGAAUAUCUGCGAGCCCGCCGGCCGCCCGGCAUGGAGUACUCCUACGACAUUGCCCGUGUAUCAGACGAGCAGCUCACCUUCAAGGACCUGGUGUCCUGUGCCUACCAGGUGGCCCGUGGUAUGGAGUACCUGGCCUCACAGAAGUGUAUUCAUCGGGACUUGGCCGCGAGGAACGUACUGGUCACAGAAAGCAACGUCAUGAAGAUAGCUGACUUCGGCUUGGCCAGGGACGUCCACAACAUCGAUUACUAUAAAAAGACCACAAAUGGUCGUCUCCCAGUGAAGUGGAUGGCUCCGGAAGCCCUCUUCGACCGAGUGUAUACGCACCAGAGUGACGUGUGGUCGUUCGGCGUGCUGAUGUGGGAGAUCUUCACGCUGGGUGGCUCUCCAUACCCAGGCAUCCCUGUGGAGGAGCUCUUCAAACUCCUCAAGGAAGGCCACAGGAUGGACAAGCCCAGCAACUGCACCAACGAGUUGUACAUGAUGAUGAAAGACUGUUGGCACGCCAUCUCCUCCCAUAGACCCACCUUCAAACAGCUGGUGGAGGACUUGGACCGCAUCCUUACCUUGGCCACCAAUGAGGAGUAUCUGGACCUGUGUGCCCCCACCGAGCAGUAUUCUCCCAGCUUCCCAGACACACGCAGCUCCUGUUCUUCUGGAGAUGACUCUGUAUUCUCCCAUGAGCCCCUCCCGGACGAGCCCUGCCUCCCCAAGUAUCAGCACAUCAACGGCGGGGUAAAGACAUGAGGCUGCAGGGACGCGGUCAGCUCUGUGACCUCCAUGCCACCCCCCCCCGAAUAGUCUUCCUACUAGCCCCUGGAAAAGGGCAAGACCCGCAAACCCCUCCCCCCCAAACUUCUGCUCCACUCACCCUUUCUGGAUCCCGGUGGACUUUUGGACCCAGGGGGUGCCGGACUAAAGACGUGCUGCUGUUGGAUCUGAACUGAGCUGUGUGGCAGACACACGCGCGCACACGUACAUACACACAUACCUGCAUGCACGCGCAGACGUGCGACUCCAAGCUCUUAAUGGGAGGGCGGGCCCCGAAAAUGCUCCACGUGAAUGACUUGACUGCCCAAUCCUGGGGUCCGCUUCUCACUUUUUUUUUUUUUUUUUUUUUUUUUUAGUUUCUUUUUAUUGUUUUUCUUUCUCCGAGAUCCUGAAAUAGUUUAAAAUGAUUGAUUUCAUUCCACUGGCUGGCAUUUCUGAAACUGGGAAGCGUGGACCAGUGUCCUCUACUGGAGGACUUAUGGACAAAAAUAGGAAAUAAACAUGAAAAAUAAACUAAAACUAACAAAAAAAAAUUAGGGAAAGAGAAAGACACUGCCUCAUGUUUUUGUAAUAUGGUUUGUAUUUUCUUUUUUGAUAAGCCCACACCAUUAUUAUUAUUGAGCUGAAUACACAGUAUAUAGUGCUGGGUAUAUGUGUAAAUAUAUUCAAAUAUGUAUAAAUAUAUAUAUUAUAUUUACAGUGAAUUAUUUUUUGUAUGGAUUCCAGAGUAACUUUCCCCUCCUCUUGCCCCCUAUCUGAGGUGUCUAACAGAGUCUGUUUCACUUCUACUCAAAUACAUAAUGGAGUUUGGGCUGUCCGGUGGUAGCAUGUUAAUUUAUUGACUUAUGUUUUUAAAGACGAAAAAGUAAAAAAAAAAAAUGCCGUAAUAAAGAAAUAAUAUUAAUGAAAUAAUAAAUAAUCCAUUAUGUUUAUUGUAAUUUAAAAUGAUCUUUCAGAGGAGGUUACAGAAAUGAUUUAGUGGGUAUUUGGAAGAUCCUGCACUCGUUUUUAGACGUUUUAAUAUGAAUAUUAAGUUCAUUUGACACACUUUACAUUUUAUUUUCUAAUACUUCUUUGACAUAGAAGAUGCUUUCUCAUUUUAAGAUUGUAGCAAGGGAAAUGCUGACUAUCAGUGUGUGACAGAAUGGCAUCUUCACAAAUACCCGCUAAUGUUCUGUCACUUCACCUAGACUAAAUAGAUUCCACAAAAUUCACGUAAGGUUUUUUUUUUUUUCCUCAGAAAACAAAAGUAUUAAAAAAUCAUCCAAGUGUUUCCAAUUUUUUUCCUGCGAGUGUUGAUUUUUCUGACACUUACUGCAAAAUUAAAGGUGAAAAACUGAAA